CUCUGCGCCCCGGACCGAGACCACGCCAACAUGGAGCUGGGGCUCCAGGGCCGCCGGGCGCUCGUCACCGGGGCGGGCAAGGGCAUCGGGCGCGGCACGGUCCAGGCGCUGCACGCGGCGGGUGCACGGGUGGUGGCCGUGAGCCGGACCCAGGCCGACCUGGACAGCCUUGUCCGCGAGUGCCCGGGGAUAGAGCCUGUGUGUGUGGACCUGGGCAACUGGGAGGCCACAGAGCGGGCGCUGGGCAGUGUGGGCCCCGUGGACCUGCUAGUGAACAACGCCGGUGUGGCCCUGCUGCAGCCCUUCCUAGAAGUCACCAAGGAGGCCUGUGACACGUCCUUCAAUGUGAACCUUCGGGCUGUCAUCCAGGUGUCCCAGAUAGUGGCCGGGGGCUUAAUAGCCCGGGGAGUACCAGGGGCCAUUGUGAACGUCUCCAGCCAGGCCUCCCAGCGUGCAGUGACCAACCACAGCGUCUACUGCUCCACCAAGGGUGCCCUGGACAUGCUGACCAAGGUGAUGGCACUAGAGCUCGGGCCUCACAAGAUCCGUGUCAACGCGGUAAAUCCCACUGUGGUGAUGACACCCAUGGGCCAGGCCAACUGGAGUGACCCCCACAAAGCCAAGACAAUGCUGGACCGCAUCCCACUUGGCAAGUUUGCCGAAGUGGAGCACGUGGUGGAUGCCAUCCUAUUCCUGCUGAGUGACCGAAGCGGCAUGACCACAGGCUCCACCAUGCCAGUAGAUGGGGGUUUCCUGGCCACCUGAGCCCUCCCAUCCACACAGACCUCUGCCCUAUGCAGAGUCCACCCUUGCCCCUCAUCCCUCCAAUAAACGAACUCUUCUGCUCAG